AGCAAAAGCAGUGAGACAAGUGACGAAUAUCAUGGAAAUAGCCGCUCGCCUCCUUCAUUUCCUCCACCUCAAAUGCCCUCGCUGCCUCCAAUGCCUUAUCCAUACCCAUAUUCACCAAUGUCAAUGCCGAUGAUGCCAGUGCCAAUCCCCAUGCCUAUGCCGCCUGUGCCUAUGCCUAUGCCAAUGCCUCCGCCUGCACCUCUUGGAGUUGACAUGGGUGGUCCACCUGGUGGUGGUGGACAAGGAAACGGUGGUAUGGGUGGUGGCGGUUUUGGCGGUAGUAUGGGUGGUGGUGGUUUUGGCGGUGGUAUGGGUGGUGGUGGUUUUGGCGGUGGCAUGGGUGGCGGUGUACCACAAGGUGGUGGUGCACCACAAGGCGGUGAUAAUGGUGGAGGUGCACCACAGAGCGGUGGUAAUGGUGGUGGUGCGCCACAGGGCGGUGGUCAGCCACCCAGUGGUGGAGGCCAAGGUGGUGGUCGACGAGGUGGUUGCAGAGUGUUUAUGGACUGUAGCUAG